GCUCGCGGGGGCGGGGCAGCCGAGGAGGCGGUGGCAGCGGCUCGGACCCACGCGGCGCCCGGCCCGCCUGGCCUGCAGCGCUCCAUCCCUGGCAACAGCGACAGCGGCUGUGGCGGCACGAUGCCCUUUGACUUCAGGAGGUUUGACAUCUACAGGAAGGUGCCCAAGGAUCUCACGCAGCCAACGUACACCGGGGCCAUUAUCUCUGUCUGCUGCUGCCUCUUCAUCCUCUUCCUCUUCCUCUCGGAGCUCACCGGAUUCAUAACAACAGAAGUUGUGAAUGAGCUCUACGUCGAUGACCCGGACAAAGACAGCGGGGGCAAAAUUGACGUCACCCUGAACAUCAGCUUACCUAAUUUGCACUGUGAAUUGGUCGGGCUCGACAUUCAGGAUGAGAUGGGCAGACAUGAAGUGGGGCACAUCGACAACUCAAUGAAGAUCCCGCUGAACAACGGGGUGGGCUGCCGCUUUGAGGGGCAGUUCAGCAUCAACAAGGUCCCGGGCAACUUCCAUGUGUCCACACACAGCGCCACAGCCCAGCCACAGAACCCGGACAUGACGCAUGUCAUCCACAAGCUCUCCUUUGGGGACACGCUGCAGGUCCAGAAUGUCCAGGGGGCAUUCAACGCUCUCGGGGGAGCAGACAGACUCCACUCCAACCCCCUUGCCUCCCACGACUACAUCCUGAAGAUCGUGCCAACGGUAUACGAGGACAAGAAUGGCAAGCAGCGGUACUCUUACCAGUACACGGUAGCCAACAAGGAGUACGUGGCCUACAGCCACACAGGCCGCAUCAUCCCCGCCAUCUGGUUCCGCUACGACCUCAGCCCCAUCACCGUCAAGUACACGGAGCGACGGCAGCCACUGUACAGGUUCAUCACCACGAUCUGUGCCAUCAUUGGUGGGACCUUCACUGUCGCAGGUAUCCUGGACUCCUGCAUCUUCACAGCCUCAGAGGCCUGGAAGAAGAUCCAGCUGGGCAAGAUGCACUGAUGCCCACCCAGCCUGGUGGCCAAGGACGUAGGGAGGUGGCCAGCCCAGUGGCCAGCGCCCUGUGUCCCCCUGCCCUCUGUCUGGCCCAGAAUCUGGCUGCAUCCCAAGGUGGUGGGGUGUAAGGAGUAGUUCAAACUUUUGUAGCUACUUCUUUUUCCCAUGUUUGAUUUGAGAAAAAUUCCACUGCCUGAAGUUGUGGUGCCCCUUCCCCAGGGAGCCCCAGGACCAAUGUCAGGCAAGGGGUGGGGCUCAGGGAUAUUGGGGACCACCCCUGAGAAGACUGCUGUCCCUUUCCUUUUGGGAGAACAGCCCAGAAUCCCAUCGACCAGCUCUCAGCCAGGCUUUGACAAUCUUGCAGCCCCCACCCUUUGGACACACUAAUCAUUUGGUUUCUCCCCUGGGUAGCCAACUGGCCCCUGUGGCACCAGACCUAGGUUCUGAGCUUUGACCAGGCUGCCCACAGGUACUGCCCACCUGGUGACUUCAGCAGAGGAUGGUACUUCCCAGGCAGUGCCCUGGGAGCUGGCACUGUACGUGGAACUCUCCCAUUUGCUCUGUCCCUUCCUGCCCAGCCCAGAGCCCCGCCCUCAAGCCCCUCACCCCUGCCCCUCUCCUUUCCUUCCAAGAAGCAGAUGCCCAGUUGUCUGGCAGCAGCGGUGGAGACUUAGAUCUGCCUACCGGCCACUGGGCAGGUCACAGGUUCCCCUUAUCCCUCUUGUUCCUCCGAACCCCCCACCAAUGUGCCUCGGCCCCUUGCUGUGUGGCAACAGCAUCUCUUAUUGGAGGGGCUGGUUCCCUGCUGCCAGACCCACCCCACCUCUCUGUUGGGAUCUGCAGUGGUAGGCGUGGGGGGUUGUGUGACUUGGAAGUCACCCUUUGAGAACUAGACACAGUAUGUCUGCUUAUAUUCAGACAGGAAGCCUCUUUCUCUGAGACUUGGCCUCUCCCAGACAGCCGCCACUGGUCCCAAGGCCUUAGGUAGGGGAAACAAAGCAGACGACCCUGCUCCAUCUUUGAGCCAGCACUCGAGCCUCCCUGCAGCCCAGGUGUGGCCCACUUGCCCCUGCAUCCCCGAUCCAUAGGAUGGUCAUACACCAAUACCGUCCCAGGCCCAAGGCAGCCCCAGGGCCUCCCCACUUGCACCUGAGGUGGGUGCCCACCCUGCUGCUCCCCUUCAUCCUCCCCUUUAGUUCUGAAAGGGAGAGGCAAUGGUCCAGGCAGGAAUUCCACCCAGGGAAUUUUAGCUCUGCCCUCCUGUCCCAGGGCAGGAGCCACCCACCCGUUUUCCAUUUAUAUCAAAAUUGUUUGCAUACUUUUGUAAUUAAGGGGAGUGUCCGGUGGAAGGAUUUUUUUAAAUGAUCUGUAUGGAUAGCUCACGUCUCUGCCAUUUGUAAUGUUUGGCCCUGGAUUCCAAUUAGAAAGCUUCCCCUUUUGCAUAGGAGUUGAUUGAUGUUGUGAGUGUUAAUUGCAUUUGGUUAUUUCUGGUGUCUGUGGCCACUUGGGUGGAUUUUUUUACAUUCUGUUCCUGAGUUACAGAAAGGAGUCCUCUAUUCUGUGUGUGAGUAUGUGCGCCUGCAAGGGGUGGGGCGGGGAGGGCUAGGGGUGGGAAUGUGUGGCAUGCACAUGAGUUGAAAUUCUACUUUUACGUGUUUUUUAAAAACUCUGAGGACAUAAGGGAUGUCAGUUUCCUAUGGAAGAGACAUCUCUGACCUGUUUCUUAUAAACAAAAUCUCAAGGGAAAAAAAAAUGUCUUAGUACUUUCCCCACACUCAUUGAGUUCAAAUAGAUUAAAAGGCUAAUUUUCAGAAA